AUGCCCAAUAGUCUCACUUCUACUCUGGAAAUGCACUUGGAUCUAGAACCAAUGCUUUCUUUUUCUGCAGUAGAGUUUGAAGCUGAAGAAAUUUAUGAGACCCGUGGAGUGGUGAAGUGUAAGAGCGGGAGUGAGGCUAGAGGAGCAAAGCCUAACAAGACCUACCUUACUCUCAAACAUUGGAAAGCAUCAGCAAUACGCAAACCAAAAGAGCUUACCAACAAACACCAUUCAUUUCUAAUGGCCUCCGCUCAGUGCCACAAAACCUGCGAACAAACCAACCAACAGAAAAACCACAACACCUCGUUUGGUCAGAAGGUUUCUGACUUCUUCAAAGGGCACCAUAACCACCACUCCAAUGAGGUCACCAAAACACACACCACCCAAUGCUCUUCCCAAACCACAGUGCUUUCCAAGUCAGGGUACUCAGCCACCAAAACUGAAACACAAUGCAGUUGCAGCAAAACACAGACCAACACAAAAGGCCAAGAGAUAAAUAAGAGGGGUCACAAAAAAGGUCCGGUGCAGGAUAUCAAGGAUCGCUUUUCAGAGCAUCACAACAAAAAUGGAAACAGUGAUAGCAGCAGUAGCAGUGACAGUGAGAGUGACAAUGAAACAUGCCACAAGAGGAAGGCAAGACUGAAAUUAAACAUGUGGUAG